AUGCUGGUCCUUUUAUUAAGAUUUGAACGCUUUCUCUUUACUCUGUUCUCAUUUCUUCUUUUUAUACCGAUUAACCUUUUCUCUUUUUUUUUCUUCUUUAUGCGUCACGUACAUCGCUUCUCUCUGUUACUCUUUCUCUUUUUCCAUAUCUCAUUUCUUUCUUCUGUUAAUCCUUCUUUCCUUUUCUUCUACUUUUGCCCCUUUUUUUUCGUUUCCUCUCUGUUAUGUAUCUGUUUUUUCUUUUCUUUUCUUUUUUUUUCCUGUUGUGUAUCUCUUCUAAACAUCUCAUACUUUUUUCUUCUGUGUCAUGUCUCUUUUCCCUCCUCUUCCUCUCAUUCCCCCCCUCAACUCUCCGUCCCGUGCCUCAUCCCCCCCACUCUCCGUCCCGUGCUUCUUUCCCCCCCUCAACUCUCCGUCUCAUUCCUCUUCCCCCCCCUCAACUCUCCGUCUCGUUCCUCUUCCCCCCCUCAACUCUCCGUCUCGUUCCUCUUUCCCCCCUCAACUCUCCGUCUCGUUCCUCUUUCCCCCCUCAACUCUCCGUCUCGUUCCUCUUUUCCCCCCUCAAUUGUUCUCCGUCUCCGUUCCUCUUCCCCCCCAACUCUCCGUUUCGUUCCUCUUCCCCCCCAACUCUCCGUCUCGUUCCUCUUUCCCCCCCCUCAACUCUCCGUCUCGUGCCUCAUCCCCAACUCUCCUUUUCCUUUCCCCCCCCAUUCUCCAUCUUGUAUGUUUUUUUUCAUUUUUCUCUAUCAUCAUUUUGCAUCUUCUCUUCAUCACUCUUUCUUUUCCCGUACCCUCAUGUUCGUCUCCCUUGUCUUUUUCUCUUCAUUCCUCUUUCUUCUCUCUUCCCUCAUUUCUCUUCCAUUCAUCCCAAUUUCCCCCUUUUUCUCACCCUCCCCAUUCCUUCCUUUUCUCUCUGUCCAUCUCUCUCUCUCUCUCAAUCUCUUACCCUGUCAUUAUUGCAUCAUCUUUUUGUACCCUUGUUCUCUUCCUGAGUAUAUAAUGCACUCUUGUUAG